AUGGUGUCGCCCAGACGCUUCGUGGAGACGGAGGAGACCUUCCACUUCUUCAACGAAGGUGCGGUGCUAGGCAUAAAUGAGAUCCGCAGCGGCGACGCAAGCAGCAGUAGCAGCGAUAGUGACAGCAGCGAAAGAAGUCGCUUGCGCCGCGCUCGUCGCCGCCGUCGAGCAAGCAGCAUCGCGUCCAGACGUACAUCAAGGAGACUCAGUCGCCUACUGAAUGGGAGCGUUGCGUCGGAGCUCGAGAGUCUGCAGGACGAAAGCGACGAUGACGACUACGACUCGGUGGAUGACUUUGAGUUGGAGGAGGACGAUGAAAAGAUCCAUCAGCCCCGGGAGAGGACAGAAUCGGCAGAUAAGGCACAAGUAGAACCGCAGAAUAUGUCUCCAGUAGCCACUGCGGCUGGAUCAAAAGUACCAGGCGUCGGAGCCGUCACGUUCGAGCAGAUAUUCGAGCCGUUCCGUGACUUGUACAUCCCCCCGAGAUCAGGAGAUAACGGAGAUUGCGCGCAAAAGAAGCGAUCUACUAGACAACAAAUGCAGCUCCGCAGAGCUAGACGAGCCAUUGCCGCGUUCACGCGACGUGUUCACUGCGCCAAUGCUUACCGCUAUCGCAAACAAGGCGAGUUUAUGCGCGUGUGCUACCAACGUGCGCUGGAGACCGGUCCAGGAUACAAAGUAAGGCAGGCGCUGCUUGUGGCGUCUCAGAAGGAUGACGCGGUCGAAACAACCGUACCGAGCUUAUUCCCGCGGAAAUGGCCGCACUUGCCGUUCAGAAGUCCACUAGAAUGGGUCAACGACACGGAUGCGGCUAUUGAGUUUAUAUCUCGCCUAGCUGAGCUGCCGGAGACAAGCCUAAUUUAUGAACCGAUCGACGCAAGCAAGUUUGCAGCUGAAGCCGCGGAGUUCCUAAAGCUCACAGCGAGCGAACGAACGCCAGCUGUAUCAGACGCUGUGUUUGCUGGGCUACUAGGGCUGUUUGCGAUGGGAGUGCAGCUGCAAUCAUUCACACUCCUGACCAAAGCAGCGUUGCAGUUCAUCGAGCUGGGGCAAGCUACGUACCUCAGAGAUGCUGAUGGUGGGCCAUAUCGUCCUGAAUUGCAGAAACUCUUGGACUUGUACUACUCGCGAUUGGCACAACACGUUGCAGAGCCUAUCCUUGCAGCCACGUUCCCUCGAGAUCUAUCGGCACAAUGGAAAGUGUGCUCAUAUCAGCCUUCAACCAGUGAUGCUAUUGCGACGGAUGGCCUCUAUCUGUACAUAUUUGGGCGAUCGGGGCUAUUAAAGAUUGGUACUGGACAUGGAACCACGGUGCGCGAUUUUGUGUACGCCCACAACAAAGAGUAUGUUCGCAGUCGUGAUGCUGAACGAUCGUGGCUCUGCUGUAUUGGCGAUGCACUCUACUGCCGCACCAUUGUUAUGCCUGGCCAUCGUGUGGAUCGUAUCCAGACUUACGACUUGCAGAAUGUGCAGGAACUGGUAUUGGCUCCGAAUCGUGCGUUGAUAGGCAAAGGCACGACUGAAAGCAGCGUGUAUGCCAUGGUUACGGACGGUGUUGACUUGCUUACGGUUCGCUGCAUUGAUGCCUACAAGAAGCUAUCAAGUAAAACUAGCAGCAGUCGCAAGCACAGAAGUCGCAGUCAUAAAUCGAGGAAGUCCACGCCUGUGAGUGAGAUUGUGAAUGCUGUACUCAGUAAAAGUGACAGUGGUCCAAAAUCGCCACCACAGUCUCCCGAAGCUGUCAGCAUUAGCGUGGGAGAUCGUGUUAUCCGUGGACCUGACUGGAAAUGGUCGAAUCAAGAUGGAGAUAACGGUAGUCCGGGUACAGUGGAACGUAUAAGCACUUGGGGAGGUGUGAAAGGCAGCGGGGUUACCGUCCGAUGGGACAAGAAUCAGCGCGUUAACACGUAUCGCUGGGGUGCCGAAGGAUGCUACGACUUGUACAUCGUACUGGAACAUGACGGGUUUCUCGAGCAGAAACCCCUCCCGAAUGCUAGAAGCUCUGGACAAGUUAAAGGUGGAGAGGGGGCGGUGAACGCUAGCCGUGAGAACGAACUUGAGCCACUGCCACGUCACCAGUUUGUGCUAUAUCGACACAAGGUCGACAUUAUUACUUCCAUCAUGAAACUCGAGGAGCCGGAUAUCGAUCUCUUCUUGGACUUGACACCUUCGAGAGAUAAAUAUAAGCGAGGCACUAGUGGAUCAAGUGAAGCCCAGGGUGGUGUGGAAACCCUAUCAGCACUUCACUCUCAUCUGGUCACCUUGUGUACUUCGCAGACUUCGUGGAUGUGCGAUGGUGGCAUGUCUAAUUGCUUCGGUGACAACGCUACCCAGCGAUACCGCUGUACCUUGGGAUGUGACUUCGAUUUGUGCGAGUCAUGUCUGUUCGCCACGGUGAUUGACAAACCAUCGAUGAGUAAGUCACCGUCUGAAGGUAAAGCUGCAGAAGAAGAUGCGUCGUCUACUGUGAACACUGCUUUGGAUGAGACUGCUCCCAGUGCAGAUGAUGGUCCAGUGGCCAGUGAUUUUGACGCGUCUACCGAAACGGCUGUAUCUGAAGGCAUUGAUCCCUUUUCCACUGUUGAUGUGUCGUUAUUUGCUGAAAGCGCUCGCGGAGUCUCGUUAAAGAAGAAGGUCGGCGACAAGAAAAAGCAGAAGCAGCAGACGGAAGAGCAAAUGGUGAAUGAUCUUGCAGCAUUCUGGUGUGGACUAUACUCCCGCAAGGAGUGUCAAGUAGCGCUCAGAAGGAACGGACUUCAGCUUAAUGAAGCAUCGACUUGGCUGCAUACGUGUGGGGCGUAUCUCCGGGAACCGAUGGUUAUUCCUACAGUGUCCAGCGUUAUUCUUGCGGCAAAGCCCAAAUCGGGUGCGCUAGAUCCGGUGCUGCUUAUUGCCGGUACAUUCUUCGCAACUCAUGGACAGCUAUGCGUGGUUUCGCCCCCAGGACUGUAUACUGCCAGUGAGGAACACAGCGACAAGGCAAAGCGUGCUGCUAGCUCAAGUGAUGCGUCCUGGUUCUUUUCGUUGGAAAAUGGCUCAUUACUUGCAGACAAGCCCGUGCUACUAAAGGGAAUACCAGCAGGAUCGCCGACUUGCGUUGACAUGAGACGGAAACGGAUUCUUGUGUUCUCGGGCUAUCUUAAUUGUCUGGAAGAGUACGUGGACCAUGUGCAACAAAGUCGACAGGCUCUGAAGCAACCGGAGCCAGACUGUGCUACACUAGCAGAUACUGGAAAGCUCAUUAUCUCUCAACUUGCACAGCUCAUGCGGAAGCGAGCAGCUCUUCCGGCGUACAAACAUCCGCGGGCUGGUUUACAGGACAUACUUUUUCAAACAGGGCGUGAACCAGCACCACCCGCGAGUGAUAAACCAUCUGACCAUAAGGACGGCGACUUGAGCACCAAGCCAAAGAAUCGCCGGAUCAAGAAUAUUUGUGCACGAUUAAAGGAGCUGGAUCGGUUGCCUGCUAAGGACUUGCCUGGCUACAUAAUUCCUUUUUGCGUGGAUUUCGAGGACGAGGGUGUGCUCCAGAUUCUUCGAGCUACUAAUCGCUAUUGCAAAAUGCUCCCGUUUAAGGGAGAUGGAGAUGAUGGCGAUGGUCCAACCAGACUAACAGCAGUUUAUCGACUUGUAGCAGACCUCUUGCGUAUUUUGGCGGAGACGGUGCAGGAGUAUGAAUUUGUUGGGGUCACGAUGAAAAUUGAUGCGAGUGAUGAUGCCACGCAAGAGCUGUUCAAAGACACCGAGUGUGAGUUAAAGGAUAUCUCUGGACGUCUUUAUAGCGGUCAGGUGUCAGGCCAAGCGUCGGAGGAUGCAGCUACGCAACGCGAACGUUCGAAAAUUGUUAUUUCCGCACACUUUCUGCUGGUUUGGGGGAUACGCAAGGGUAUUUUCUGCCGAAGCCAUCGAUCUGAGUUUUUCGCUUCUGCGUGCGAAGAUGUUAUCGGCUGUGGGAGCGAUAGCGAAGACACGAUGCCCGAGCUACCGGAGUCGUACUUUGCGAUUUUAUUGGAGCCCCACGAUUUCUUGGUACUGCAAACUAAGCGUGAUUGUGGCGUGGAUUUACUAAGGAGAUUACUUUACAGUCCGAUGGACGAUGGGCGUAUCGCAAUUGCCGACUUUUUGCCAACAGAAGCCGACGAUUUCGCUCGAUUUUUGGAGGUUCUUCUCGCGUUGUCCAAGCUUGAAAGUAGAAGUAGCACCCACCGGGAGAAGUGGGUGCUCAAGGUCGACGGCUUACCGUUUCAAACCCCGGUAAGCAAGGCUUUACAUGCCGUUAUGAACUAUUGCUGUGCUCGAAUGUAUGCUGUCAGUAUGGAGCUAACACCGACCACAUCGCUCAAAGAGGUGGGGCAAGAGGUGCUGGAAGCAACGGCGACGUUUGAACAUUUUGCGCGCGCGUGCCUUGACUGUUGUCUAGAAAUGCUACGUUGCUACCAAAGUGACUCUUCUAGUGGCUGCGACUUACAAGCAUCGGUAGUGGGCACAAUCUUGCCCGUGAUAAUUGCUUUCAUCCCGAAUUAUCCGGAUCAUUUCUCUAGCGAAUUCAGAGAUCAUUUGCUUAUCCUGAUGAGAGUGCUUGAUACGACCAUCUGCUCGAAUGAUGGCACACGCGGGAUUCGGCGGAGGGCAGCGCUCGACGAUGCCGCCCUUUUUGGAGGAUAUCAAGUCGUGGAGACACCACAUCCGUACAAUCACACACAGCCCGUAUUUCGCCGUGUUGUGCACAUUCCUGGUGCUAGCGUGCUACAUUUCGAGUUCGACCCACGCUGUCGGACCUCCGGAGAAGCUGAUAUCGUGUUCAUUACGUCUGGACUUGCUUGGUAUCAAGCUGACCGGCUUCCCUACGCAGACGUUGGCUUUGGCGAAGAUGGAGGCUGUUUCUUUGGGUCAUAUUCGCGAGGAAACUGGCCGGCUGGAGGGCUUACCGUGGUAGGAGAUACUGCGACGAUCAUGCUAUGCGCAACAACGCAAGCUCGAAGUGGGUCUGUGGACAAACAGCGAUGGGGUCUCAAGUGUACCGUGCGUGGUCUCUUUGAUUCUCCACAGAGGGCAUGGCUACCGGAGCUAGGAUGCGCUGUAGCAUAUGCAUGCAGUGCACUUGGAGACAAACUGCUGCGUGGCGUACCACUGCAAGGUAUAGAGAAAAUGUGUCAACCGUGGGUGAUGGAGCGGCAGCUAUUCAACUUGGCAGCUCCUACAUGCAAUGUGUUGAAAUUUAGAUGGAAGUUCGUGGAUGACGUUGUGAACCACGCAGAGCGAGGAGAUGUCUUUUUCUCGACGCUUUCCAAAUACGUACGGCUUCGUACUUUACCUCCUCAGCAUUUGACCGCUCGUUGGAAUGAAGCACUGCAAGAGGCUGCUGCAGUUCUGUUGGUGCGCUCGAAGCAUCAUCUGAUAGAAGCAUGGAUGGCUGGUGUGGAGAACCGUACCGUGUUGUCUAAUGACAUUGAGAACGCUCUUUUCCAUCGAAUUGCAGUUGAGUUGGGGAAACUGGAGCGCUGGAUGCUGCGUCAAGCUCAACUUGUAAGCGAAUGGCACUACCUGUGCAUCGAUGAGGUUAGUCUGGAUGAAUUGAUGGAGCGAUAUGCAGAUAACCUGGAUCGGCUUUCAGAGCUCUGCCAUCUGAAGAGUGUACCAUUCAAGAAUAGCGACGUGACAAGUUGUGUUAAGUCGAUUCAUGAACUUCUUGUCAAGGACAUUGCUGUAAAGCAUGAGAAAGAUGAGGAUGCGCACUCCCAGCCGUCAGGUUCUCAUGACGCAGUAGCUCAAGCCGUGUCGUUGAAAGCUCGUUUUUUACUGAGAAGAUGGGAAGAAUGCGUGGAACACGGCAGCACCUACUUGGAAUCUGUUUCGACACCAAUCCACCCAGCGGUAUCCGAUUGUUUGCCUGAUGUGAGUAAAUUUCUAUGCAGCACCGUGUCGAUUUCUGCUCUAGAAGAGUGCUCGACGGCUCAUUCAGCUCGUCUAGAAUCGCGUCUCGCUGGUGUUGGCUACUGCGAGAAGGCAUUUGCAGAUCUGAAGAACGAAGACAUGGCCCAGUUCUUCGUCGGUCGCGCUCUGUAUGCUGUCCCUUCGAGCAACGUGGUGCAAGACGAUGCCAUUCUCUCAGGGUGCGCGUUGGCUAACCCUCGUCUCCUCGCCAAGACCAUGGCUUCGUAA